CAAGCGGCGCGUAGUUCUUCGCAUAGUGGUGAUUGUCUAGUGUAGACGUCCAUCUCCGUUGCCCUCUUGUCUCUACUCUGUGAAACAACUAUGGUCGAAGCCGAGAAGAUGGAGACCAGCUCAACACCCGCCGGCGCACUGGACAUGACUCUGGCCGACAUCAUCAAAGCAAAUAAAGCCAAACAGAAGAACACCAGAGGCGGAGGCAAAAUGAGAGGCCGGGGCGGCGCCCGUGGCAGGGGCAUCGUCAAACGCGGAGGACAAGGCGGCCAGCGAGGAGGAGGACAAGGCGGCAUGAGGGGCAAAAUGAACAUCAGGGGCGGCGGCCAGAGAGGUAACAUGCGAGGAGGAAUGCGUGGCCGAGGCCUCGGCAGAGGAAGAGGAGGAAUUCAGCUAUCAACCUUGAGGGCAAAAAUGAACCAGGGUGCACCAGUACCAUCUGGACCUGCAAAAUUGCUCAUCUCUAAUCUGGAUAAGGGUGUAUCAGAUUCAGAUAUUUUUGAAUUAUUUGCGGAGUUUGGAACUAUCAAUGAAGCAGCUGUUCACUACGAUCGUUUAGGAAGAUCUGUAUCUACUGCGCACGUUCUAUUUGCGCGCCAUGUUGAUGCACUUAAGGCGCUUAAGCAAUACAAUGGUGUAAAUCUUGAUGGCCGUCCAAUGAACAUGACAAUAGAAGCAGGUGGUAGAGGGCCCAUGAGAGGUGGCCUGCAAGGACGUGGUGGCUCUGUCCAAUUUAAUUUCAAUCCUGGUAUGGGAGGUGGAGCAGUGAAGAGGCUUCAGCAAUCACCCCGUGGAAUGGGUAUUCGUGGUCGUGGGAUGCGCGGAGGAAUGAGAGGCAGAGGUGGGCGUGGUGGCUUCCCUCUCAAUGUCAAUGUUGGCGGCUAUGGAUUCAAUAAGAACUACAACAUGGGUGUGGGCAGAGGAGGAAACAGAGGCAGGGGUGGAAGAGGACGAGGCAUGAACAGAGGAGGUAAGCGUGGAGGGAACAGAGGAGGUGGACGCGGUACCGGACGUGGUGGCAACAGGGGAGCAGGACGUGGAGGAAAGAAGCCGAUGCAGCAGAAGAAAACUCCCACUGUCGAAGAACUAGAUGCUGAAUUGGACUCCUACCUGAACGAGACUGCAUAAAUUAUCCUAUAAAACCUCUGGAACUACCAAGUUGGUAGUCAGUACAGUGAAACCCCAAUAGCUGUAACGGCUUGAUUUCUGUUUUGACAAAAGGCUUGGAAUUGGUAGCCGCCAGAGAAUCGCUAGCGAAGCAAUCUCUAGAACAUUUAUGCCUUUUACACAAUUUUCUUAAGUUGUCCUUUUUCAACUUAAUCUCAUUUUAUACAGAUAUUUUACUUGGUGUUUAUACCUCAACUAUUCAAUGUUGAUAAACAUUUUGAUUAAGGUAUUAAUUUAUCGUGUACUAGAAAUGACUUAAGUUUCCUUAUGUACAUUAACCCCGUAAUGCCCUUUGUAAUUGCGUGUUUUCAUAUUAAUUUUUUUUUUCUAGGUUAGGUAAUGUAAAUGCCAAAGAGUUGUCAGAAUGAAUAUGUAUGAGUUGUGCUUUUGAGUAUAGAUAAGGGACCUUUUAAGAAAUCUUGAGUUUGUUUUAUCAAUUUUGAAGGUGCCUGUCUGAAUGAAUUGUGUAGAUGAGCUUUGGCAUCCAGAAAAAAGUACACAGGAUGAAAUAAAUUAUUAAAUUUCAGUAAGGCCAAUUUGAUUUAUGAACAACUUGUACCUGUCAAAUGUAUGGUAAGUGUAAUAAAAACGUGGAAGUACAA